AUGCAAAAACAGGGAGUCCAUCGUGAAGCAAUCGAGAAUGGACUGUUUUCCAAAGCAGCUUUAAAAGACUUGGUCUAUGCACAACUUGAUAAUAUUUUAGUUCAAUUUGAUAAGAAAAUGCAAGAGUUUCUAGAGCGUAUCAAAAGUGAGUCAACCUCACGUCUUGUGCAAUUAGAGCUCAAUUUAAUUCAACUCAAAAGAGAUAGGGAGCAAGAGAAACAGAAAGUCAUUGAUGAGUUUAUUGCAACUUUCUUCGACAGAACGGGGAAGGCAAAAAGUAGUUAUGAGAAGAAAGGAUCACAAGUUGCCACCGCGUCAGGGAAGGCCGUUGAAUCGUUAGCUAAUGAACCACGGGUGCUUAAUAUUGGAUCUGAGAAUGAGAGCAACACAAACACUAAAGCGUCCACAGGAGUUAAUGAUUCUCAAUCAAUUGAGAGACUAUUUUCUACAAUUGAUGAGAUGCGCAGCUCAUUACAUCAAGAAUCAAAUGUGUUUACUACGCAUCUUCAACCUGCACCUCAUCAUAACCCUGCUAAGAUAAAUCUUGCCGAAAGUGAUAUUUUCAAGUCACGAUAA